GCAUUUCGAUAUCACGAUACUUUGCAACGACAACACGAACAACAGCAAGACUCACCAGAUUACAAUAAAUCUUUCUUCUCUGUCUAUUUAUUUCUUACCUCUCUCUCUCUCCUUACAAAUCACAUUAUUCCCGACUCUCUUACACUGCCUUACUUCGACCGUACUAGGUUCCUCCUACACCUGCCUACCGAUUCACACGCAAUACGCCAUACCUACACAUCCUUACACAAUCAUCAAUAUCAUAUCAUACAUCUUCCUGCUCCGACAUAUAAAUUCCUUCUCAAAAACACUUUACUAGAUUGUACCAAGCCGCCUUCCUACUUUCAAUUGCAAUACCUCAAGAGGAAACGGCUUUUAUCGAAUCAUUAACUUGAGCUCGGCAGAUCUAUCUCCAAACAGCCUUUCGUUAUCCUAACCUCGACAAUAGCCAGCCAACCAGCCAACCGGGUACCAAUAAUCGCUCUCCGCCAUCGAUAUCGUACAACAUACGAGCCGCAUAUCCCUUUCUCCCUUCUGUCUUCUAUCUUUCUGCCGUAUUCCUUGGAGAGACCUUGGCCGUUUCCUUCAAGGCUUGCCAAUAACUACCGAGGGCGCGCAUACAAGCAAGCUCAACUUCGCUACUGUUACCUAACAUAUCUCCAUCGUCGUACAACCUCCUCAUUCUAACCCUUCUAAAUACGUACAACUUCAACCAUCUCUUCAUUUUAUCAAAGCGACCAUAAGUGUGUCGAUGCAGACGAUUAUUCCAUCAAGGAUAUUGCCUCUUUCGAGUCGUUGAGCCGAGGGGAGGAUCUUUCAAGGAACUGAGAAGGAUAUUAUACCUUCCUGAGUAAACAAUCGCAAUCAUGGCGUCAACGACGACCUCAACUUCAUCCUUGUCGUCAAGGCGGCAAAAGACUGGCGUGGGAUCUUUUACUAUCAAUGAGCAAAUUGGUAAAGGGAGUUUUGCCACAGUUUAUCGGGGCACACAUAUGCCCAGUGGAAAUCUCGUGGCGAUAAAGUCCGUAAACCUAUCCAGACUGAAUAAGAAACUCAAAGACAACUUAUAUGUCGAAAUCGAAAUAUUGAAAAGCCUUUACCAUCCUCAUAUCGUUGCCCUCAUUGAUUGCAGAGAAUCUGCCUCGCACAUACAUCUGAUGAUGGAAUAUUGUGAACUGGGGGACUUGUCAUAUUUCAUUAAAAAGAGGGAUAGAUUGGCCGAUAAUCCUACACUUUAUGAUAUGGUUCAGAAAUAUCCUAUGCCAGUCGAAGGCGGACUCAACCAAGUUGUAGUUCGUCACUUUUUCAAACAACUAUCCAGUGCCAUGGAAUUCUUAAGAGAGCGGGACUUCGUACACAGGGAUGUUAAACCACAGAAUUUACUUUUGAUACCAUCACCGGAAUGGAUAGCAAAGAGGGCGAAAGGUGGACCAGAAGCCAUGAAGGCGAGCAAGGAAUCCGUUGUGGCUAUGGUUGGAAUAAAUUCAUUACCGAUGCUUAAAUUGGCAGAUUUUGGAUUUGCUCGAUCCUUACCAUCUACUUCGCUUGCAGAGACUUUGUGCGGUUCACCCCUUUACAUGGCACCCGAAAUUUUACGUUACGAGAAGUAUGAUGCACGAGCUGAUCUCUGGUCUAUUGGAACGGUUCUUUAUGAAAUGAUGACCGGAAGACCUCCUUUCAAAGCAAUAAAUCACGUUCAAUUGUUACAAAAGAUUGAAAAAAAUCAAGAUGAAAUUAGAUUCCCUAGUAGGGGUAUCUACAGCAGAGAUUUGAAAGAUAUUGUGCGACGUCUCCUCAAAAAGAAACCGGAAGAUCGAAUAACCUUUCCAGAAUACUUUGCUCACCCCGUCGUGACCGAACCAAUUCCUGGCCUGGUUGGGGAUGAUCGACCAAAGGAAAAAUCUCCGGAAACUUCAAUUGUUCGCCAGCCAUCUUUGAGAGAUCGUCAACGUGAAAGUCCAACUGUCAAGCAUAUUGACACGGCAUAUGAAUCAUUGAUUACUAGAGACAUUGGGGAGCAAUCUCCAAGAACUCCUAAUAUAGAAUCCAAUCAACCUUUUGGAACACCAGGUCGUAGCUCGGGUCGUCCUGACUCCAGAGAUCGACCUUCUCCAGUUUCUGCUGCAACUGCUCCAAAUGUGGAUACCUUGCCACGACAAAGAGAUCGCAAGGAUCGCACGGAACCAAAUUAUGCUCCUAUUGUAAGAACUGGGUCCACGAAACAACGUUACGAUGAGCAAGCGAAUUUGCAACCCAAAAAUGAAGUUCAAUCGAGUAAUUCCAUAACUGAAGCCGAGCAAGAUGUUCGCGAUGCUAGAGAAUAUGUUCUCGUUGAGAAGAAAGCUGUUGAAGUAAAUGCUUUUGCUGAUGAGAUGGCUGCAAACCCACGACUUGGACGUGCUAAUUCAGCACCUAAACAAUUGCCCAGAAGACAUACAUCAAUGGGAGAACCAAAUUCGACAACAGGAGCUGUAGCUGUACCACCUUCACGUAUAGUUCAAAGAGCGUCAGGAAGAGCCCAGCCUGAUACAUCAUCCGCCAGAAAUUCAUAUGGUUCUUAUGGUAAAACUGGUAGUAGUCCAUCAACUGCUUCAGCUAUAGCUAAAGCACUCCAAGGCGCGAGCGUCAGGGUAUUUGGAGUUUCUUGGUCACCAACCCUCAUUGGAAAAGGUCCAUCUCCACCACAAUUAUACAAUCCUUAUCCCGCUUAUCCUACACCUAAUGCUGGGUUGAUUGGAGAUGGUCGACCUAUUGAUGAGGACCAAAGAGUUGUUAAUAUCAUUGAGGAUUCUGCAACUCGAAGUGAUGUUGUUUAUGGAUUUGCUGAAGUCAAAUAUCGACAGCUUAUUCCUUUAGCACCUUCUAUGAAUCAUGGCCUAGGAGGUCCAAAUCCAGAAAGAACAGGUGAUGCUAUGGAUGAAGAUGAUGGUCUAACCGUGGAGGCUAUUGUCAACUUAUCCGAAGAAGCACUUGUGUUAUAUGUCAAGUCAUUAUCACUUCUUUCAAAAUCUAUGGAUAUUGCAGGAGCUUGGUGGUCACGAAAGCAACGUGGUGGAAUUGUUAGUGGAGGUCACACUCCAGGAAGUGAUUCAUCUUCAGCAGCUCAAGCAGGAAACCGUAUUAACGGUGCAGUUCAGUGGGUUCGCACCCGAUUCAAUGAAGUUUUAGAGAAAGCAGAACUUGUUCGACUCAAAUUGGUCGAGGCUCAAAAAAGACUCCCCGAGGAUCAUCCAGGACACCCGAACAAUCGUUCAACAGCCUCAAGAUUGGUUGGUGGAUCUUCAACUACUGAUGGUGUUGUAUUGAGCUCCGGUAUAACCGCUGAAAAGCUGAUGUAUGAUCGUGCUCUAGAGAUGAGUCGUACAGCAGCUAUCAAUGAGUUGGCAAAUGAAGAUCUCCCUGGUUGUGAAAUUUCAUAUACCACUGCCAUUAGAAUGCUUGAAGCAGUUCUCGAAAAUGAUGAAGAACUUAUUCCUCGAAAGAGAUCAUCAAGUUUACGGGAAGAUAAGGAGAAAUCUGAAGGGGGAGAAGUUAAUGGUAUUAAUUUUGGUGAUAGAAAGGAUGUCUUGAAAGUACUGCAAAUGAUUCGUACUCGUCUUCAAGUCCUCAAGAAGAAGAUGACAGCUAUUGCUAAACAUCAAUCAAUGCCACCUCCAUCAUCAUCUCCACGUCGAAGCUAUAGUGGAGGAACCACUCCUACCAUCAAUAAUACUCCACCGAAAUGAACAAUAUCCAGAUAAGCAAGAAAGCUGGUCUUUCGAUUAGUCAAAUGCAUUAUGAUAACAUGGACGUAAGCGCAAAUGCAUAGUUCGGGCGUCAUUCGAGUUUAGCAACUUUCCAUCUCUUUUCUCAUUCAUUUUAUGCUGAAUUUUUUCUAUGAUUUUUUAGAAAUCUCUGGAUUUUUUUUUUUUGAUUUUUUAAUGUGGAUUUGGUUGUUCUUUCCUUUCUUCUUCUCUUGGACUGGAGUACCUGGACUUGUGCUUUACAUGGAGAUUUCGUUUGAGAGCAGGUGCAUGCGACAUUCACUUCGUAUCACAACCUACUGAUGAUUAUGAUUGAGGGUCGGAAUGGUUAAGAUUGGCGUUUUUUACUUGAUACUAUUAUUUUCAGAGAUUGAGAGCUUGUGAAUGCACAAACCUCCCAGGCUUUUUUUCUUUCUUUCUUUUCUUUUUGCAAUAUUCAAUGGGGUUAGGAUGGGAAGGAGGAUGGAUGGAUUGAUGGUGUUUGAUAGAAACAGACACGCACACGCAAAUGAAUGGAUGGAUUGAAUCAGGCACUCCCUCUCCUCUCUUAUGGGCGUAUUACAUCCAGAUAUUCAUUCGGAUUUGGUGUUUGGGUGGGAUUUGAUUUUACUUAUGGGCUUUUUGCGUUGAAUUUUGGUUGUGUCUAGGAGGACGGUGAGAUGUGUAUGCGUGCAUGGAUUGCAUUGAAUUGCAUCAUAGUAUUUCAGAAGAUACCAUCAUAUCAUAUCAUGACAGGCAGAAAUGGAGGUUGUGGAUAUCAAACGAGGAAGUUGGUCAACUAGCGAGUGAGUAAGCAGUUCAAGAAUGAUUAGGAUUUAAGGAAUCAGGA